AUGAAGAAACGCCACAGCCGGCACAACAAACUGUACAAGUUGUACAAAUGGCACAAUCGGUCACAAUACAGCCUAUGCCUGAAUUUCGUCCCGAUGCCAAAGUAGGAGCAAGCCUCGCUACUAGAUGGAAUAACUGGCAAGCAGAUUUUGAAAUGUUCAUUAUAGCCAGUGGGAUCACUGACGCUAAACGUAAACGAGCGCUGUUAUUAUAUCAAGCAGGACCUCGUGUGAGAGAAAUAUUUAAACAAUUAACGGAUAACGAUGAUAAUUAUGAAGUCGCCAAAGCUAAACUAAAGGAAUACUUCGAUCCACAAAAAAACAGAAGAUAUGAAGUGUAUCGUUUUCGCCAAGCUAUGCAAAAAUAUUCAAUUUCUGGAUAAUGAAUGCUAAUGAAUAGACAGAAAUUAAUAUUUUGGCGGCACGUGAGCAUCACGUGAGGCCCCGGUGUGACCUGGGACAGGAGUAGAGUAUUUAAGGGUGGUAUAACACGUGUGGAAGUUAUCUAGCCAGUUUCCUUACCACUCACUGUUGGCUUCGUGUUUUUUGGUAUUUGACGAUGGCGGAACAGCUCAGAAUCGAAGUGACAACAUUGAUUGAGAAUGAAAUACAGAGGAAUAACCAUACACUUUUAGAGUCAACGAAAAGCUUACUGGAUAGCUCAGUUCAACAAUUAAAAAGGUCUUCUACUGAAAAUGCUGAGAAUCAAAUGAAAUAAAUCAAGAGGCUGAAGUAUUCAGAGCCGCACAGUUUCAAGAAGAAAGCUAACGAAGACCAGCACAAAUUCAACACUAAAGUCAUCGAUUCCUUGGCCGAAGUCUCUGAUGUCUUGGCGAAGAGAGAAACUACAGAAGCACAAGAUCAUUUACAGAAAGGUGAGCACAUGUUAAAUGAGCGGCAGAAGCAUAUCCUUCUUGCCGAUAAAUCGGAAUUUGGGUGGGCGACUGUUCAUGAAUACAAGAAGCAUGAGUUAGGUGAAGAUUCUGAAGACGAAAAACGAAUUUUAAAAUCCGAAAUUCGUGCUAAAGCUCAAAGGAGGCAAACUCAUUCCAAAUCGACUGCUAGAAAAUACGAAACGAAACCGCAACGCGAGGAUUUAACGAAUAGAUCCUAUACAUCAAACGUUCAAAAUAGUACUUCUCGUGCUCUUUAAAUUCUUCACCAGCCACAAACGUAAGCAAUUUUAAAUCUGGUAGCUGUUAUUCAUGCGGCAAAUUCGGAUACUGGAGAAAUGAAUGCCCAGGAAUUCCCAGAGG